GUGUGUGUUUGUGAGUGUGUGUGUGUGUGUGUAUGUGUGUGUCGGGGCAGCAGAUGCACCGUCAAGGCGUUAAGUCCGCUAAGAAGCCACUAGUCCAAUUAAGCAUGAGGAGCGACAGAAAUCCACGGACGUGUCCCCUCAGCUUGGCUCGACGAUGGGUAUGAACGCUGCUCCGGCAUAUGAUUACGACUUGAGACGAGAGCCGCCAUCAGCAAACGUGGACUAGUAGGAAUAAAAGCGAAACACAGUCAGUGUGAUGCUGGUGCGUGUUCAGCGCGGUCUGUCGCGAUUCAUGCUCGUUUAAAACCGGCCUAUAAGCCCCUUGGACAGUAUAGGCCUUGACGCAAGUCAUCUGGCGACGCCACGGAGUUUCCUCGGACUAUUUCUGGAGGGGGAUUGUUAUCAUGGAGAGGUACACUGAUGUGCUGCUUGUCACCGCCAAUGUCGGAUCACUCUUUGAUAAUGUGAGUGAGAUUCAAAGUGAAUGGGUGCGAGAGCUCUGUAAGACUGUCCACAACUACAAGCCGCAGUUCAUGGCCCUGCACUUCCAGGAGGUGGGAGGGAAGGACUACAUGGUCAACAUGGGCCAUGCAGAAAACUUCUUCAGGAGCAUUGAGUCGAGUGAGGAGAUGAAAGACUUUGACAGGGUCUGCGUCUAUGUGGACAACCAGUUCCAGGCAGAGGACAGCUUCACGGCUUUGGGGAGCAUGUACUUCAUCCACAAGGCAUUGAAAAACAUCUACCAGUAUGACUUUAAUGUUAGGGAUUUUAAAGCCGUGUCUGGGCACAACAAGUAUGUGGGCUCCCUGGACGGGGUAACCACAGUGGAGAAAGAAAAAUUCCCAAAGAAUUUCUGGCCUGAUUUCAAGUGGUCCAGAAAGGGCUUCAUGAGGACCCGCUGGAUCAUACACAACCAAGGGCUGGACCUGGUCAAUGUCCACCUGUUCCAUGAUGCCUCCAACCUCAUUGCCUGCAACUCCAGUCCUUCCAUCUACUCAGCCAACCGCAAAAAAGCUCUCAGAUAUGUCAUCAACAGGAUAUCAGACAGCAGCUACAGCCCCCUGCCUUUCUUCCUGUUUGGAGACUUCAACUUCCGCCUGGACACGCUCAGUCUGGUCCAGCACCUGUCCACCUCAGCAGACGUGCAGACAGUGAAGAAGGACAGCAGCAACGAAGUGGAGAAAAUCAUCUGCGAGGAGAAAGACAACGACCACAAGGUGCUGCUGCAUAUUGAGGCCAAGCUGUUUGCCUACCUGCACCAGGCAGUCUUCAGGGAGGAUAACGGCAAAGCACUUUUGAAAUAUGACAAGGAAGUCACAGCCUUUCAUGAUGUCAUUAGGGAAGAGGAAAUCCUGUUUCCACCCAGUUACCCCUACAGUGAAGAAUACACUAAACCAACCCAGUACAUGAACACUCGCUGUCCCUCCUGGUGUGACCGUAUCCUCAUGUCACACACCGCCCAGGACUCCAUCCACACGGGGGAUGAUGGUGAGAAGAGUGUGGUUUACAAUACUCUGGGUCCUAACGUCUGUAUGGGAGACCAUAAGCCGGUUUUCUUGUUCUUCGCGCUGAAGACAAAUGACCAUUGACUCGGAUCCCUCUCAAUGGUCUGACUGCUGUCGGUCUCCACGCCAGAGGCCCUGUCCCACCGCAGUUUUCAGCACCAGAGGGUAAACCCCCUCACCUCUGCCAGCCGCGGGACUCAACUCAACUCCCCGAUGUGAACGCCCCCAUCCACACAUCACUGCCGCCUUGCUGUCACAUAUUGAUUCCCACGGCUGGGGUGACAUCAGCACAGAUUUGAUCAUCAGCAGCUAUUAUGGAUUUUUGUGGCAGACAAUUUGCCAGAUUCUCCACUUGGACACCCAGAUCCUCAAUCUUCAGAGCCGAAUGCUCAGUGACACUGCAGAUGUUCCCGGGAUCCCCACCUGCAGCUCGAGGGACCAAAUGAUGAUUUAAAGACUUGAGUGUGUGACUGUGGGUUGUCUCUUGCCCAUGCCCUCUUCAUGAAUAUGAGCAUGCGUCUGUCUCCAGUGAGGGGAUGGAUGACGGGAGGUCACACACUCCCACAUGUGCAUGUAUACAGUACACACACAUGCAGCUACAGUGCAAACACACUGGCAUUUAUACUUCAGUACAUAUCUUUACAGCACUGAGGUUUUAAAAGGUCCCAUAUUAUAGGAAUUCAAAAUUAAUAAAUAAUCAUUGGAUGUUGUUUUUGUAUUUGCCAUAAUUAGAUGUUUGCAUGGCUUAAUUUAAAGUUAUUGAAUUUUCAGUCCAUCCUUUUUUUUUCCUACAGUUUCAGAGUAACUGCAAUUGAAGCAUCACAACAAGACUUAUUGGUUCAACUUAUUAAUCAAUUUCUAAUAUUCUUCCAAUCAGGACAGUUUGCAGCAUUUGAACUGGAAAACCUCCAGUCAGCAGGUUUACCUCAUUUGCCUUAGAGGAGUUGGUGCUGUUGGCCAAUCAGGAUCCAGUAUUGUGAGGACCUGGGCUGUGUCCCGUUUGUCUUUCCUACUGCCCGUUUGCCUUCCUCCCUCACUGCCACUUGUCUCCUAUCAGGAAGUAACUCAAGGCAAGCGAAUUGAAUUUUUCCUUUACUGAAUGUCAUAGAUGUAGUGUUGAUUAUAUGGGUGGGGAUUACAAUGAUGCAGGACACUUGAACAAAUGAAAAUUUAAAUCAAAUCUAAAUAUUCAAUAUUUUAAGGCAAAAAAAUCCAGUAUUCUCUUUUAUUAUUGCAAGCAAAGAAUCUUGCUCAAAUCCAUGUCUUAAUAUAUGACAGCUGCUGUCAGCUGAUAAGAACUCAUUUCCUCCUGUUUUUGGACAGCCUGCACGAUGGCAACAUCAAAAUCAGUUUCCAUGUCAGAAAAGGAAGGGAGGAGGUAGUGAAGGAAAGUCGGAGGCAUUUUAAGAGCAAUGACAUGCACCCAGUCUUUCAAAUUGAAAUCAGCUGAAGAAAUUCAAUUAAACUUUAAACUAAAAUAUAUUUAUUUGUAAAAUAUCCCAAAGAACAUUAUUCUGUUCUUCAUUGUGUUAUCCUGAGCAUUAUCUAAACAAAUUAAUUCAAACUCAAAAACAUGGGACCUUUUAAAAUCAGGUACUGGUCAUCAGUUCGAUUGAUGUGUGUGCAUGUUUUUUUUUGGUUUUGUAUUAUAGACAGUUUUUAGGUCAGUGUUUUAUUUGAAACUGUUUGCUCUCACUGUAAACAGGAUUUUACACUGCAGAGAAACACAAUAGUGGAACGCUGCUAUAUCAGUAUCCUGUAAACAUGUUUGGUCAGCUGACCAGACAUGAGCACAGAGGAGCUGCCCUGUGCGCUCAUGUCUGUCUUGACCGCAACAAUAAAACCAGAAGAUUGGAUUUAUUUUUUAUGUUAAAUUAAUGGAUGUAGACUAUUAUAAUUGAAUUAGAAUACUGAUUGUUUAACACCUGCAAAGCAACUCCAGUAAUUUACAUUAUCAUAUGAAUGCUGUGCUAAGAGUUGAACUGACAUAACACAGCAAAGCUACGUUUUCCCUUAUUUGACCUAGAAUGAUAUCAGUACCUACACACAUAGUCUUUCUGCUGUCUUCUCUGUGAUUUGUGGUACUUCUGUACAGUACGUUGUUGUUACCAAGUGCUUUAUUCCACAAGCUACCACUAAACUCUCCCUUGUACCUGUCCUCCCUUAGAGAGGUCCACUGAACAACACACACGUCCUCUGUGCUGCACACAGUCUGCUCCCUUUUGUUCUGGCUGGCAUCUACCUUAUUUCAUUGCCAAAAUAACAAUCAUAUCAUGUCUACUUGACAGAAGCAAUGUGGAUGUGUCUGGGUGUGUCUGUGUUUUAAAAAUACAUACACCUUCCCACGCAUGUAUACACACAGACACACACACACAAUAAAAAAGGAUAAACGCAUGGUUUGCAUUUGGAUUACUCUGAUUAUGUCUUUUGUUUUGUUAAUUCUUAGUCUUGUAGCACCACUGUUGGACUGUAAUUUUUUUUUUCAUGUCAUACAUUGGUUACAGUUUUGGAUCUGGCUUUAAUAAUGACUAAUUCAAAGAAAUAUAUGCUUGUGUUUUAUUAAUCCUUGUCUUUUAAUGUUUCAAAAGCAUUUGUGAAACUUUUUGUGUCUUUCGUAACCUGCUGGUACAGUGUAUUCUCUAUUCAUACAAAAAAAACAAACGUUUUUUUCAUGCAUACUUUUACAAAUAUUACAAAUGUUACAAAUACAUAUUCAUGAUUUUGGUCAGCUCAUUGUAAUGCUGUCCAGUUAUAGGUAGCAUUACAGUGGAGUUCAGCUACUUUUAGAUACUCUGGUCAAAGACAAACACUACAGUCUUGUAAUGUAUCACUUUUGUAAAUAAACUAUUAUGCUCACAAA